AUGGCAACAGCACAAGGUACACCAGAAUCUGAUACUGGAAGUUUCGAGUGCUUUCAAAAUUACACUGCACCAGAAGUAUUUAUUCAAGGUUUGGCUGGAAUUGUCGAUCAACAGGACGUAGAAUCUAUGAUAAGAGCUCAAAAGCAAAUGUUGCAGAGAUUUGAAAAAACUAAUGAAAUGUUGACCAAUUGCAAUCAGUUGUCGAUAAAUAGAUUAAAAACUGCUGGCAACGAAUUCAAAAAACACACAGCAUUAUUAGUGGAGAUGAAGAGAGAUCUGGAUUAUAUUUUUAAAAGGAUUCGUAUUGUAAAGAACAAACUAAGUCAACAAUAUCCUCAAGCAUUUAAUGAAGCUGUAAGGAGCAGUUUAGCAGAAGAAGUAAUCGUUGAAGAUGUAGACUGUCCUGUAAAACCGCUUGAACCUGAAAUUGUUCCAUUACCAAGCGCCUCUCAUACUGUUACGGAUCGAGAUCCAGAUUCUGAUGUGCCGGUUGAGGAGUUUCAAUUCGCAAAGCUGCGGAAACGACGAAUAAAGAGCAACGAUAGUUCGUCAACGGAGAGCAACAACGAUCAAAGUAACGCCGAUACUUCGUCCUGCACGUCCGAUACUGGUUAA